AUGUCAACCAAUAAACAAGGUAUGGAUACACAUGGUAAUUCAAAAUUACCAGCUAAAGCAGCUAUAGAAGGUACACUUGCACCAGAAAAAGAAGUUGUUGUUGAACAUAUGACAACAAAACAUGUGAUUACAACAAGCAAUUUAAAUGGAAUGAAUUCACAUGGUGAUACUGUUAUUCCAGAAAAAGCAGCUGAAGCUAAUCUUGAUCGUCAUUUACAUGGCUUACAUCCACAAUCGUCUAAAUAA